AUGGGUACAAGAUGUUUGUUUGACGUAUUGAAUUCAAUCCUAAUUAUCCCGUGUCUCUUUCACUCCACUGGACAUCGGCAGUGCUGGAAACAUGUGGGUUUGAUUUUGUGUUCACCAAUCGUUGAUUUUGUUAUCUCCCGUCAACGUAUUAUCUACAGCCACCACCACUCACUCUGUUCUUCAUCCUUUACCAAUUGGAGGAUGAAAGGUGGAUCAAUCACUUCUCAUAGAAGUUCUCCUCACAUCAAACUAAAUGCAAGAAAGAGGACAGCAAUAUGCAAGACUAAAUCACAAUAUGCAAGACUAAAUCAGUGGCAUGGCAGCAAACAAGUGACAUGGCAGUAAACAAGGUACUUCUGGUAGCAAAGGGAAGAGCUCGGGAUGACUGCAGUGCACACACCAUUAUGUUUAGCCUGGGAUGAUUACUCUGAUGUUUUGAUUUGGAAAAUCUGAUAAUAAUGUUUUUGCGAUUAUUUGACUUAUGUUUCGAUGAAGUGUUUUGAUAACUACGAUUUUAUUUAAUGAGUUAAAACGAAAAAUUUUGGUCAUGAUUUUUGGGAUGUUUUAAUUUUUGGGCCUUAGUUGGUUAUUUUGGAUUUGGGGCCUUUUGGAUUGUAGUUUUGGGCCUUAGUUUUAGACCAAACUAGCCUGGGGAUUUGUCGGACCAGCAGCCAGAGAUUUAUCAGGGUGAUUCAGCAGUUCGAGGUGAGUCUCCUCACUGUGUUUAGCUGGUCGAAGUAUAACGCCCGGUUCCCGCUUGAGAAGGAAGAAGGAGCUUGGAAGUUCGAGUGGAAGCUAGUAGAUCCAGAGGUUGUGCCCCAUUUCCAGCUCACU